AUGAAUCUCAGCUCAGAACAGGAGACGCAGUUGCAGGACUACCUGGUGGAGCAGUUGGAACCAAUAUGUGCUGCCGAUCCGAAGGUGCUGUCCAUGUACAUUCUGGCCCUCAUUAAGCGCGAUGACAUGUCAACGGAGCAGGUCAGAGAGUUUUGUACGACUGAGCUUCAAGAUUUUUUGAAAGAGGAGACGAAGCCCUUCAUCGGGCGCCUUUUUGAUAUGCUGCACGAGAUGACCUCGCGCCAGUCCGGUGGUGGUGUGAAGAAGGAAAUGGAUGACUCGCGCCGGCACAAGGAGCGAAGAGAGGAUUUCGACAAUGAAGACGCGUACGAUCAGUAUGAGGAUCGCAGCUCGUCAUCAUCGCGGCGAUCGGACGACAGCAGAAAGAGACGAUCAGAUCAGGGCGAGCGAGAGCGGGAAAGGAGCCCAGCGCCCUAUGAUGACGACAGCAGAGAUCGCAAGAGAAGGCGAGCUGGCUCGGAAGAGGCCGAAGAGCGCUCGCCCUCGUCGCAGAGGCGCGACCGGCACAGGCGCGAGAGGGACCGUGAGGACACCAGAGAUGUGCUGCCAUCAUCAUCAUCCUCUACUUCCACCACUUCGUCUCGGAGAGGGUACGAUCAGCGCGGCCAUGAGGCUGGUGGGCGUGUCAACAUCGACCGGCCUCUUUCUUCGAGCCGAGGCAAGGACGAGAUUGCAGGAGGAGGUCGGUGGGAGGGAGGACGUGAGGACAGCAGAUCCCACCCCAGCGCGUCCAGCAGCCGCUACGAUGAUGGCCGAGGCUCUCGAGACUACAGCUCGCGCAGCAGGACUGGCGGGCGCGACACAAGACCCGGUGGCGAUUUUGGUGGCAGCCGCAUUACCGGAAGGAAGCGAGGUGUGUGCUACGAUUUUGAAGGUCUGUCCAAGCUGCAGAGCGACCGUGAAGACACUGAGGAAGCCGGUGCCUACAAUCCGGAGGAUCCGUUCCUCAACAAGACCAGCCCCAUCCCGGUGUGGCACGGUCCCACGUCCCGAGCUGCGCCUCCCGUGCCACGCGGUGGGCGGGGCGUCGCGGGUCCCGGGCUGCUCAACCCGCCCAUGCUCCCCCUGCCACCCAUGCCUCACCCGCAGAGGCUCGGCAAUCAGGGCGUUCUUCCGCUGCCGUCGGUCCCCAUGCUGCCGCCUCAUCAGGUGCCCUACCAUGGCGGGGACGGGCUGAUGCCCACACCCGGCAGCCAGCCGUACCCGUCGCGCGGCAUGCGUGGAAUGCGCGGCCGAGGCCGGGGCGGAUACCACCAGAGACCUUCCUACGAGGACGAGGGGAUGUUCCGCACCGAGACGGAGAGUGCAAUCACCGACACGGCCAACUUCGGGGGCAACCGACCCCCUUAUGAGUCUCAUUACGGCGACAACCAAGGAGGCGGUCGUGGCUUCAACCGGUUUAAGCGCGGGCGGUAUGAGGGCGACUACGGCCACAGAGGGGCCAGGCCACCGAAGCCUCAGACCGACUCGAUUUGCGUGGCCCGUAUUCCGCAGGAGCUGAACACGAUUUCGCAGCUCAACGCACACUUCCAGAAGUUUGGCAACAUCGUCAACAUUCAGUUGGAUCCCGCGAACAAACAGGCAUUCGUUCAGUUCACGAGCAACGCCGAGGCGCUGUUGGCCCUGCGCUCGCCCGAGGCCGUGAUGAACAACCGGUUCAUCCAGGUGUACCUGAAGAAGGACGAGGCGCAGGAGGGCGGCGCCCCGGCCCCCGUGGUCCCUCAGCCGCCCCGACCCGCGGUCCGACCUGUGCCCACGUCCACUGUUCCCCAGCCGGCGAUGAUGUCGCGAACGCCCACGUCUCUUGUGGUUCAGCCCGCCGCCGCGGCUCAGCCCAAGAACCUGGAAGAGCUGAAGAAGAAGCAACAGGAGCUUCUCAGCAAGCAACUGGAGCAGCAGAAGAAACUGCUUCAACUGCUGGAGAAGAUGAAGGGAACCACGUCGAAGGAGAAAGACGAGGUCAAGGCGCAGCUCACGGCCCUCACCGCCAAGAUCGGCGAGGCCAUGAAGAAGGCGCGCGAGGGCGUCGCCAAGCAGACGGCCGCUCCGGUUGUCGGUGCCGCGCCUGCCGCUGCCACGUCGUGGAAGAAGCUGAGCGCCGACUCCGAGAAGCAGCGGUUGGACCGUGAGCUCGAGUUGCUCGCCAAGUCCAAGGCCGUCAUCGAGACCAGCACCAACGGCGCCUCGGCGCCUCCGAAGAGCACCACCAGCGAAGCAGGCGCGAGCCUGGCCGAGUCGCCCGAGCUGAGCGCCGUCGGUACUUCUUCCCUGCCGGCCCCUACGAAGGAGGUCGAUCAGUCGCGUAUGGAGGCCCUGCAGAAGACCCUGGCCAGCCUUCAGGAGGAGGCCAAGCAGCUCGGCAUCCCCGCCUCCCAGAUUGCCGCCCAAGUUACCGGUGUGCCCUCGCUGGCGGGACCCCGAGGCCGCGGAGUCGGGAUGCGCGCCCGAGCUGCUCCCUGGUGGGGCCGCGGCAGAGGCAGAGGCGGUCGAGGUCGCGGGUUUGCGAGUGCGCCGCGCUCGUUCAAGCUGGACAACCGUACCACGGUGGUCUGCGUCCACGACGUGCCCCAGGAGCUCAGGGACGAGGCGCUACUGCGCGCCCAUUUCCAGGCCUUUGGCGAGGUCAUCUCGCUCGCCAUGCAGCCCGACUCCAACAACUUCCUGGUGCAGUUCGCCCAACGGUUCAUGGCCGAACAGGCUAUGCAAAAGGGCACGGCGUUGCAGGGCCACAUUUUGAACAUGAGCUGGCACGACUCCACUCAAUCGGCCGGCGAGGCGGGAGAGCAGCUCGAGCUGGCUUACACGGAGGCCGAGAACCAGGAGGAGGUCGAGGAGUACCAAGGCGGCGAAACCUUCGUUGAGGAGCCCUUUGCCGUCGCCGAAGAAGAGAUCGACAUCGACGAGGACAAGGAAGAGCGCUCCUGGAAGAGAGAAUAA